CAAUGACUCCAUCUUGAAAUUGUCCCGACCCGAGGAGGAGACGGACUUGGAAAAUCCAGCUCGUCCUACACGGAUUAACUGUAGUUUUGCCCGAUUAUUCUGCCAUAAUACACGGUUUUCGCUCCUUGUAUCGAGUUAUUUCGACGGAAGCGGUUGUUUGGCCCACUUUGGAGGAGCAUUUCACUCCGCUUGGAGCCCUUUAAUCGGUUGUGUCCCUGCUGGAGCGGCCGGAGCUGGCUGUGGUUGUGGCCGGGCAGCCCCGUCGGACUGUCGGGCGAAGCGCGAGCUUCCACACGGAUUUAAACGACAAAAACUGCUUUUAAACCCACCGUUUUCAACUCGAAGACUACGGAGUGGUCUUUUUUAAGAAAGAAAGAAAUCAUAUUUUACGGCUAUGUUCCGGAGCUCGCCGAGGAGAAGUUUGAUUAAGCACCCGAGUGCGCUUGGUGUGGAGUCCGAUGGAUGUUAGCCCAGCCCGGCUGUGGCUCGGCUCUCUGCGCCGCUCUUCUGAAGGCUCAGCUUGUCUGCCUAUAAUGCUGUUGCUGACCUCGCAAGUGUAUGAAAACACUGGCACUGGUGCCACCAAGUCGCCCUCCAUUGCUUCGCUGUAAAACCUGGAAAUACCACCCAGCGUUCCCUUCUCCCCCUCUCCUGUUUUUGGGACUUGUAACCUGGAAUAUUUUGGAUUUGGCCUCCAUUUUCUUUAAAUAUGCACAUUUUCCAGAGACUGUUCUCCUUUGGGGAGCAAGACAUUCAAUUUUAGAUUGUUUUUUUAGAUUUUUUGUUCUUCAUUUUUGUGGAGUUUGAGCUUUUAUAAAACCAUUCUUUUUGUGGACACAUUCGGAUGGAAAAUGGGAGACGCUACAAAACUGGCCAUAGCCGUUUUCCUCAUCUCCUGCUCUUCAGGUGCCAUUCUGGGACGCUCGGAGACGCAGGAAUGUGUCCUCUUCAGCUCCAGCUGGGAGAAGGACCGAAGCAACCACACCGGCACCGAGGACUGCAUCGGCGAAAAGGACAAGCGGCGGCACUGCUUCGCCACGUGGAAGAACGUCUCGGGCACCAUUGAGAUCAUCAAGCAGGGCUGCUGGCUGGACGACAUGAACUGCUACGACAGCUACGAGUGUGUGGAGAGGAAGGUGAGCCCCGAGGUUUUCUUCUGCUGCUGUGAAGGCAACAUGUGCAACGAGAGGUUCAUGUACGUCCCGGACACGCAGCCGCAGAACGACACCAGCCACUCCACCGCCUACACCACUUCCAACCCGUUCUCCCCGAAGCCGGCGCUGUUCAGCACGCUGCUGUACUCCCUGGUCCCCAUCAUCGGCCUGGCCGGCGUCGUCCUCUUCUCCUUCUGGAUGUGGAGGCACCACAAGCUGGCCUACCCUGCUGCCCUCGUCCCCACACAUCACGCCUUCCAUAUUAUGGUGGAGGAUCCAGGACCUUCGCCUCCCUCCCCUAUCCUGGGCCAGAAGCCGCUGCAGCUCAUCGAGCUGAAAGCCAGGGGGCGCUUCGGCUGCGUCUGGAAGGCCCAGCUGCUGAACGAAUACGUGGCGGUGAAGAUCUUCCCCAUCCAGGACAAGCUCUCCUGGCAGAACGAGUACGAGAUCUACAGCGUGUGCGGCAUGAAGCACGACAACGUGCUGCAGUUCAUCGGCGUGGAGAAGAGGAACAACAACCUGGACCUGGAGCUGUGGCUCAUCACCGCCUACCACGACAAGGGCUCCCUGACCGACUACCUGAAGGCCAACGUCGUGUCCUGGAACGAGCUGUGCCACAUCGCCCAGUCGGCGGCCCGCGGCCUGGCCUACCUGCACGAAGACAUUCCUGGACACAAAGACGGACACAAGCCGUCCAUCGCUCACAGGGAUAUUAAGAGUAAGAAUGUUCUGCUGAAGAACAACCUGACGGCCUGCGUCGCUGACUUUGGCCUGGCUCUGAAGUUUGAGGCUGGAAAAUCAGCAGGAGACACACACGGACAGGUUGGAACCCGCCGCUACAUGGCUCCUGAAGUCCUGGAGGGCGCCAUCAACUUCCAGCGCGACUCCUUCCUGCGCAUCGACAUGUACGCCUUCGGCCUGGUCCUGUGGGAGCUGGCGUCUCGGUGCACCGCCGCAGACGGGCCUGUGGAUGAGUACAUGCUGCCGUUCGAGGAGGAGGUGGGCCAGCACCCGUCUCUGGAGGACAUGCAGGAAGUGGUCGUCCACAAGAAGCUGCGGCCCUGCCUGCGGGACUGCUGGCAGAAACACACGGGCCUGUCCAUGCUGUGUGAAACCAUCGAGGACUGCUGGGACCACGAGGCCGAGGCGCGCCUGUCCGCCGGCUGCGUGGAGGAGCGCAUCAGCCAGAUGCAGCGCCAGGCCCCCGUCAUCGGCCCUGAGGAGAUCGUCACUGUGGUCACCAUGGUGACGAACGUUGACCUCCCGCCCAAGGAGUCCAGCUUAUGAUCGGCUAGUCGACCCAGAGGGGGAGCGACCGUCCGACCCUGGUUGGUCGACUUCCUGUCCUCCCCCUCCCCUCUCUCUUUUGUUUUUUUUAACGUUUGUCUUCUUCUUUGGUUCCUCACCGCAUCGAGUCGAGAUCCACCUCAUUUUGAUACGUGUGCCUGAGGAUUUUCUGCUUCUUUUUUCUCCUUCCACCAAGCGGGACGAUGACGCUUGAAGGGAAAAAACAAAACAAAACAAAAGCGACUAUAAACCCCCUGGUUUGAUCAUGUAUUGUUUUUCUAUCCACACGCGAGACGAACUCGGAGAAACCUCACUGAACUCUCAGCGCAUUUUAGUGUUAAAAACCAGAAGAAGAAGAAAGAAAAAAAAACAAGAAGCUGUUCUUCUUCUGAAAUGACGAUCGUUCUGCCAACAAAGCAACGGCUUCUGAAUGUUUAUAGUGUAAUGCUGCUGUACAUAGUGAAUCACGGAGCCAGACCACCUGGUAAUCAUCUUCACGGGGGAGGGGGGUCCAUUUCCAAACCAUGCGCCUCCUUCAGCCAGCUAUACCUCAGUUCAGACGCUCACAGUUUCACCCUUCCUGCUCCCUUUGGUUUCAACUUGUUGCUCGAUCAACAAGUAGAGUUGAGAACUGGAUAUUUGUUGUUUUUAUUCUUCUUACAAACGAGCCGCUCAGUAUUCGCCAGCUUGCUUCUGACCCGGUUGUUCGGUUACUCUCUUUUUGAUACACCUCAGGAAUCUUUGCUACUCGAUUUAGUUUCUCCCAUUCAAAACUCCGCUUUUCGCUUCAGACCCGUCGACUUCUGCGAACCUUGUAGACGCAGCCGGUGGAGCCCCUCCCCCCACUUCCUCCUCCUCCAUCCUGGUGCCAUUUCUUACCUGUCUGUAUUAGUUACUCUCGUCGAUGUCAGGCCAAACGGAUGUACAAGACGUUUUUGAGGGACGUUGAACACUGGUGCCGGCAUACCUGCAGUCUCCUCAAGCUUUGGGGCGGUUUCACGGGACGCAGUUCGACGAAAACGGAGUGAAACAUGAGGAAACUUCUUCCAGAGGAGAGGGAAAAAACCCAAACACAUCACUAAAUGCAGUUAUAGCCACCAGGUUUCCACAUAACACGGGUAUAAAUGUCACUAACUUUGGGCUUUUAACCCUCUGAGUCUUAAGUUUCAAAUCUCCGCCUGGAUAUUUUUGCUUGUUUUAUUUGUACGAAGUUCUUUAAAUGUCCUGUGAGUAAAUAUAUUUGCCCAUUUUUCCAUAACAACUGGAACUUUCAAUAUCUAGCAGUUAUUUUACCAAUUUACCGUCUGUCAAAUGAGGGGUGAAAUUACCGUAAUAACUCGAUAUUGGCUGUAAAGCGCAACGUCUUUUCAGAAACUGUAAAGUGUCGCAGAAUUACACAUGCGGGCUGAAAGGGUUAAUUAUUUAUUCAAAAAUAUAUAAACACACCAAAAUUUAAGCUACAAAACUAAAUAGAUAACAGUUAGUAAAAUCUAGUUGUUUUGUGAAAUCUUAAUAUAACUUAAGAUCCAAACAUAAAUUGGGCUUUGGGUUGUUGCCUUAAUGAAAGAAAAAUAUAUAUUUUUUAUAUUCUUGGCCAAAUUGCUGCCAGUUGGGGGCCGAACAAAAUCAUUUCAAGGGCAACAAAUGGCCCCUGGGCCACAUAUUGGACACCAGUGUCAAAAUCUGAGAGAACCUGAGGGUCAAAAAAAAUUACGCAACAAUUAAUUAAGCAGCAAAACUUUGAUUUAACAAAUAAAGUAGUUAUAUUUGUUGUUUAAAUUAAUCUAGAUCCAAUCCUAGGUAUUGAUUGGGGGAAAAAACGUAUUAAUUCUGAGAAAUUAUAUUCUCUUAUCACUCUCGAUUCUUAUAUCUUUGUGUUUGUCCCUCAGCAUGAUGGCACUCCACCGUGCUUAACACUUAGUGAACGUUUUAGUCUGUUUCUUUUUAUCUGAAAUCCAAAGUUUGGGUUUUUGACGCCACAUCUGAGCAACUUUUCCUUGAAUACAGAUGAAUUUACAUCCUGACAAAGAUCCUUAAGCUCCAAAGCCCAAAAUUAACGACAAUUAUCCUUCUGAGUUUAUGCAAACUUCCACUUUAAAUUCAGUUAAAAUCCAGAAACUUAGAGCUUGAGAUAAAUCUGCGCACGGUUUUCUUGCAACAACAACACAGCAAACCUGAAGGAAGUCGAAGCCAUCAUUUUAUUUCCACUCUGUAGCACGAGAACAGCGUUUGUUGCUUCCUUUCUGCUGCCGCUGCCGUUUCAAACGCAGCUCUCCUCAAAGGUCAGGGACGAGAAAAAGAAACCUCCAGCAGCCCUUCAAUAAGCACUACCUCACUCGCAGGGAUUAAUUUUGGGGUAGAAGAGUGGCAAACGAACCAAAAUCAGGAAGAAAUCAAGACGACGAUUGAAAGCUUCCAUCGGUGCAAGUUGAAGUUGGAGAAGUUUCCUCACUUUCACUCACUUAACUCAGAAAAUCCCAGAAAAUUGUUUCCUCAAAUGCAAAAACUCAAGCAGCGUUUGAGCCCAUUUGGAUAUUUAACCGCUGUAAAAACGGAUCAGCUUCAACUGCGAUCAGGAAACCGACCCCAGCCGAUAAACACCAUUCAGGGAUUCAGUACUAUGCUUUUCUAAGUUCUAGCGAGUUUAUAUGCAACCAGUGCCGCAAACUUUACCCUACACCUCUGUAGGAUCUGCUGCAGGAGUGGCUUUCAAUACACACACACAAAUACCUUGUAGCAUUUUAGUUUUUUUUUUUUUUUUUUAAUCCGUGACCUUGCAUAUUGAUAUGUCGUAUUUAUUUUUUGAUUUUUUUUUUUUUUUUUUUUUUCCUGGCCUGAGGUUUCGGGGAUCAGAGCUCAGGUGCGACUCUCGAUAAAGUCACGCGGAGUUGGCACGUUUUGCGGUUGUUUGUCGUCGUCGUCGUUAUUACGGGGUUGUGGGUGGGUUCUAAUUCAGGAAAUAUUUUCAUUAAUUCACAAAGACAGUAGAUAUAAACUGUAACAUGCUUCUUUCUAUUCAGUCUAUGGACAAACGACCGAAAAUGAAUGUUCUACAGACUCCUGGAUUCUAUAUAAAUAUAUAUAUAUAUAUAUAUAUAAAUAUAAAUAUAUAUAUAAAGUGUGUACUUUGAUGGAUUGAGCCCGGCCCUGUAUAACUGUAGAGGGCCUCGCAUUCGGCUGGUGUCGUGUGAUUGUGCCCUGUCCUGUAGAAAAUGGUAAAAGCAACACGUUUGGGUAUUCAUUUAUGCACCAAACAAUUCAGUUUAUUAAAUUAUAUCCAGUUUAUGUUCACCAACGCUCAACAAAAGCAAAACUUGUUUGCCAUUUUGCCAAACCACCGUCGUCUCCCUCUCAGGUUUGGUUAAAUCUGCCACAUGAAGGUGUAUGAAUGGGUUUCUGAGCAUGCAGGCUUUUACGGUUUUCCACAGUGACCUUCUCCAGCCCAGCACCUCACAUUGCUGUGCGUAUAAACUUCCCGUGAAACAUUUGUGUCUUGUUGCCCCACUAUUUUAGGCAGUCUAGGAUCUGUACAGACAUAAUUACCCGUUCUUGACUAUAUACUCUGAGCUGAAUCUUUCUAAGUGCGUGUUGAUCUUCAGUGUUUCCUCUACAUUCACUUCGUGUGUGAAAGUUGCCCGUUACUAUGGUAAAAAAAAAAAAGAGAGAGAAAAAAUUAUUUAAAAAAUAGCUCAUGUUUGUGAAGCACUUGAAUUAAAAGGAAAUAAUCAACAUUAAGCCUGAGGCGUUCCUCAGGGCGGCUGUUUAGUUACCCUAACUUUUGUUUUCAAAGAGCCAUUGCAAUACUUCCUAAUGUGAAAUUACAAUCAUCUACCACGAGUGUUUCCAGGGUUCCUACACAGUAAAACAAAGUUUGGUGUGGAAAAAGCAUUUUUAUCCUAUUAUCUGGUAUUUCUGUCAUGAUGGUGGGGUUGAAAUUAGCAAAUUAACUCAUUACUUUCUCGGCACAAUGAGAUAAUUAAGCACCAAUCUUCACGUCUUUUCGUCUGGACAUAAGAAAAUUAAACAUAUUUUAGCUUAAGUUUUAAAAAUGGGAUAAUAAAACGGAACUGAGCCGUUGCAAGACAAAAAAGGGUUUGAUUUCUGAUUGUUUCAUCCUUUAAGAUGAGGA